AUGGACGGCCUCUCAGGUGGAAUUAGACGUCUCGCUUUCCAAAAGCUCGCUGCUUUGGCAGUUGAGGCGCCUGCCCGCAAUGGAGAUGGAUCCGAGCUCGCUCGUCUCGCGGAGCAGUCCCAAUCGACUUCGGAGCCUGAUGGUGCUCUAACGGGAGUCUUGAGGCAACAGGCCCCGACAUCCCAGGUUCCAAUGGGAAUCCGCGAACUAGAUGUCCUCCUGGCCCUAUGCAAGGCGGCCUCUUCGGUGAACGAUCCAGAAAAUGCUACUCAAUUGGCACUACAACUCUCUCGAUACCUGCCGGAAUCCCACAGCCAGCUAUUUCGGUCCUCGCCCUUCCUCCAUGGUGUAAAGCCGUCGCCCUGGGAGACUCUCACGAACAACCUGACUCUCGCGCUUUUGUCGUUGGGAACCAAGUAUCCAGAUUUGCGACAGACAGCCCUCGAGGCUGUGGAUGGAUAUCUAAAUAACUGCGCCGAGGCUAUCAGUGCGGUCACACCUUUCCAAUACUCUAGAUCCGAGGCGGGGCGACAGGGUGUUAUACAUGAAUCUGUUGCUGUUUUGUCAAUCGCCGUUUCCCUUGUUGGAUUUAUGGAAGCCUCCGCGGAAUACACUUCUAUCUGGCAUGCGAGCCAAAAGUUACAUAUUGUCGAUCAUCUGCGUGCGAUGCUGUCCGAGCCUUUCCUAAUCGCAGUUGAGACGGCUUCGUCCACCCUCCGCAAUGCAAACGUCGCGGAGCAUGCUUUCAAAGACUGGAGAAAAUACACCCGCCGAUAUGCUGCUCAUGGUCGCCCGUUAAGUGCUAUGCUUGUGCAAGAAGGAUAUAUGCGCUUUGUGAAAUCAUGCGCAGCCUCUCUGAUCGGGUUCCAGCACCUGACCGAUGAGCAACUCUUGGAUGACUACAUGACUGGCGUUGGUAUUGCCAAGAGUUAUGACGAAGCGGAUAUUUCCCUGGUCGAGCGCGUCACGGAUAUCAUUAGUGAGGAAAUCCACUUGCUAGAGGAUGGCUCCGACUACCUGCAAGUCGGGUCUCCUUGGCAGCAGCACCUUGCCUUUUCUGUUAAGGGACAUGCCCUAGUGGGCUUUCUCAACUGCGUGAUUCUUGGCGAAGAUGCAGCCAACAACGAAGUACUGUUAUCCUGGCUCGAGGAUACACUGCUUGACUCCCAGCAGAUGUCAAACGUGGAACUGUCUGUGACAGUUUUGAAGUGUACCGCUAUUCUUGCAAGAAUGUCUCCAAAUGGUGCAUCUAUUGGGAGACGCUGCCUUUUGAGAUUCCUGGCCCAGGGAGGUGUGUCGGCUCGCUCUACUGUUGCCGUCGCCUCUCGGUGCCUCGCCCAGAUCCUGACUAUUCUUUCCGAGGAUGCUGUGAUCACUACCCUUUAUUCACUUGGUAAUGCGCUAAGCCCGAGCACAAACGUAGAUCAAUCUAGCCAAGACCAACUCAUUGGAGACCAUACCGGGCCCGGGAUGAACCUCGAGGCAUACCCAAAAAAUGAAAGUCAGACUUCGCUCUCGGCAAAUGGCGAAGAUGACACUAUCACGUACAGGAAUGUCAUCCAUGCUAUCGUGACAGUUGCGACUAAUUGCAACGAUGGCAAAAUCAGUGCAUUGGCCCAGUCUAUGCUUCUGCAAAAGAUUGGCAAGCUCAAUGUGGCAGUCGAUGCCUUUAUCAUCCAGGAAACUGCCGUCCUUGCUUUGAGCGGUGGACAAGCCGAGUUCCAGCUUCUAUUGAAGUUUUAUGCACGUAUAUACCUUGAUGGCGUCAACAAAGGGCUGAACACCGUCUCUGAUGCUGUUCAAUGUGCCAUGGCUUACCUCUCGAUUACGUUGGAUCAGAAGUCGCCACUCCACAGGCUUUAUCUGGUCCAUUUGUUGGAGAGCAUUAUCAAUAAGGGUGAUGUGCCAGACCUUGAGUACGAGCGGCACAAGGAAAUUAUUUUUGCCGCGGAUGAUAUCACUCCCCUAUUGAAACCGCUAGCUUUGCUCGUGUCUUCCAACGGCGUUUCUACCGGGGCUUCCCGAUCAGCCUUGGAGUAUGAUGAAGCCAUUCUGACUCUGUUCCGAGAUGCUUGGUUCAACAUCGCUAUCCAUGGAAUAUCCCUCAGCUCUAGUGUUGCCCAACGGCAUCAGAAGGAACUCCGCCUUCUCGCACAUCAUUCUCCUCCUUUGGUUGCUGAGAACCACAUGGACUCUCUGGAGAGCGAUGUGGAAUUAAACACGGUGCUCAGACGCGGGAUGGGACCGCAACGAGCCAUGGAACAGAAAAGAGCUCUGAUAUCUGAACUCCCUGGCCGAGAAUCCGAUAUCAAGAGAUUGGACUAUUCAAGAGCAGUGUUUCUUAACGCUGUGGUCUUGGUCGAGAGCCUCCGUGCCUCCUCAGGGGACUCUACCAAGACGCUCAGUUAUUUCCUUGACCCGGCCUUGGCCACUCCGGAGAUGGUCGCAUGCAUGAAUGCUGUUGCAGACAAAGCGGUUACCUGUUAUCUGUCUCUUACACUUUCUGGAGAGCACGAUGACUUUUCGACCCCUUACCUGUCUAAGCAACUUGCCGGAUUCCUGGUGGCGUGCUGUCAUCGUAUUGAAAGGGUUCAAAGUAUUGCGACGCAAUGUGCCGACAGAAUCAUUCGCGAAUGCCCUUCUGCCUUGUGCGAAAAGCAUUCCCUCUUUGCUUUGCUUGAGAUUUUGACUGUCAUGUGGUCUUCCUGUCUUCAAGGAGAACUCGAUGAGUUUGAGUGGAAGCCAUCCUUGGUGUCUCCCAUGGGCAUUGUCAAGGUCGAAUUACCCGACAACUACGCGUUGAGAAGGGCGACUCUGAAUCGGUUCCAUGAACGAGCCAGGACCUGGGUGACAGCCGUCCUGAACAUUGCCCCAUUAGAUGUCAAAGGGCUACUCCAGACCUACCUUUCCGAAUAUGACGACGAUGGUGGCUAUGGACACAUUUCGAUGGGACGUUCAUUCGCUCUUGAAAUGGGCUCCUAUAUCCCACAAAGUGACCCACGGCUUGGGUCAAUCGAUGGCCACGGUAGCAGAAACUUCAAUGUCGCAUCUGAUUUCAUGGCACUGUACACGACACGCCAGAAGUACCGACGUCCAGAGAUACCUUCUCUCGGCGGGUUGAAAGGGGAUAAUUGUAGCGGCUAUGUUGAACAGCCUCGUGUUACUAUUUUGCCUGAGUCUGCUGAUUCUUUGGAAGAGACCCUCUCUCGUCUAUAUAGACAAAGCAUUGCUGGCGAGGAGAUUCCCCUUGUAGAAGUCAGGGAUGUCCUUCGGCAGGCCGCAGGACUUAUUUGCAGCACCAGCAAGCCAAGACUCUCCGUGGUUCACUACUUGGUUGCAUUGCCUUUCCAGAUUUUCACCAAGGAGACAGUCAAGCUCGGUGUAUCUCUCUGGCUUGGAGUAAUCCACGAGAAUCCAAGCACUGAGCCACGGAUCCUAUGCGAGGUGAUCGAGGCUUGGGAGAGAAGCAUGAAGCGCCGCAAAGGAUUGUUCGAUCCUACCUUUGAAUACCUUGAUCCACUGCAUACUAAGAUUGAACUUUUGCCAACUGAUAAGGAUCUUAUGCUUCGCAUGCAGCAAAGAGCCCAAGACACUCUCUCGCCUCACCUGCGAGUUCUUCAUUUCUUUGAGAGCCAUUUCAAUGCAAUCCGCCUAGGGAAUCUGCAAGAUCAACAGCUGUUUUGUCGCUUGAUUGGCAGUACCGUUGUCGGACUCUCAAAGACCAAGGGCCAUCCGUUGGCGAGAGAAAUCCAUUUCCGUAUCGUGCUCCUUGGUCUCAAGGUUCUAAGACAUCUCAGCCCCCGGAAUAGUGGCGCAUCUUGGAAACUCAAGGACCAGAUUCUGUCUGCUGCUUUGAGUUGGUUUACGCACCCUCCAAGGUGGUCAUUCGGAGGCAAUCGGCUGCAGAUCAAGGCAGAGGACAGAAUUCUCAGCGAGGUGACCGAGGAUUUACGAAGCGUUUCAGGUAUUGCUGCUCAUGCGCAAGGGCCAUACAAGUCGUUGCAGGCCAAACAAGACCUGCUUCAAAUACUCGUGGAGAACGAACGAUCCCGCCUUCGGGUUUGGCUCUUCCCGCUGGACCCGGAGCGAAAGCACCACAUGCCUUCGAUUGGAGGCAAGCAUCCCGAUGAAAGCCCCGUAUAUUUACUUCGGCUUGCCUGGGCGGAAAAUGCAGGGUUGGCUAUUCAGAUGGCUGCCCGGUUCCCUUCGCCCAAAAUGCAAGCUGAUGUUAGAUCAUUGAUACUCAAUUUCCCCGAAAAGGUCAUUGAGGAGCCAAGCGCUCUGGAGACUAUGUUUGACAACUGUCUGCCCGCUGAUGUCGGUUCCCAGUUGAAGUACAUGCUAUACUGGGCCCCCGUUACUCCUACGGAGGCCAUUACAUACUUCAUGCCCGCUUACGGCAACCACCCUUACAUCUUGCAGUACGCGAUGCGGGCGUUGGAGAGCUAUUCGAUGGAUGUUCGGUUCUACUUUGUGCCACAACUCGUUCAGGCCCUGCGCUUCGAUGCUCUGGGCUAUGUAGACCGAUACAUCCUCGAAACAGCCAAGUUGUCUCAACUGUUUGCCCACCAGGUUAUUUGGAACAUGAAGGCCAACUCCUUCAAGGACGAGGAUUCUCAAAUCCCGGACCCUAUCAAGGAUACACUCGACCGUUUCCUAGAUAACUUGAUCUCAAGCUUCUCGGACGAGGAGCGUGCCUUCUAUGAGAGAGAAUUUUCGUUCUUCAAUGAAGUCACAGGUGUCUCUGGCAAACUUCGCCCCUAUAUCAAAAGGAGUAAACCCGAGAAGAAGGAAAAGAUUGAGGAAGAGUUGCGUAAGAUCAAGGUGGAAGUUGGAGUGUACCUCCCCAGCAACCCUGACGGUGUGGUCGUUGGUAUCGACCGCAAGUCUGGUAAGCCCUUGCAAAGUCACGCAAAGGCGCCUUAUAUGGCGACCUUCCGAAUCCAGAAGACAAGGCCACGAUUGAUUGAAAAGGCUGAAGCUAACGCCAGUGACCACCACCACCACCACCACCACCACCAGCACCAACGCCAAUUGACGAAUCAUUCCGAGCCUGAGCAGGAAACCUAUGAAGUUUGGCAGUCAGCUAUCUUCAAGGUCGGUGACGACUGUCGUCAGGACAUGCUUGCCCUGCAGAUGAUCGCGGCCUUCAGGAGCAUCUUCACCAGUAUUGGUUUAGAUGUUUGGGUCUACCCUUACCGGGUCACUUCGACCGCACCUGGCUGUGGUGUGAUUGAUGUGCUUCCCAACUCCAUUUCUCGAGACAUGCUCGGCCGCGAGGCCGUCAACGGGCUAUAUGACUACUUCGUGUCGAAAUACGGAGGAGAGGACUCUAUCCGAUUCCAAGAAGCGCGCACCAACUUCGUCAAGAGUAUGGCCGCCUACUCGGUCAUCUCUUACCUGCUGCAAUUCAAGGACCGACACAACGGAAACAUCAUGAUUGAUGACGCCGGCCAUAUCAUCCACAUUGACUUCGGAUUCUGCUUCGAUAUUGCGCCUGGUGGAGUGCGAUUCGAGCGCGCGCCGUUCAAGUUGACCUCCGAGAUGGUCGCUGUCAUGAGUGGAACCCAUGACCCAGCCCAUCACCAGGGCGGCAGCUCGGGUAUCAACCUGCCCGGCAGCUCCCACAACCCGACCAACACACAGCCAUACCGGUGGUUCGAGUCGUUGGUGGUGAAGGCAUUCCUUGCAUCUCGCCCUUAUAGCACGAAGCUGGCCCAUAUUGUCUCCCUCAUGCUUGACAGUGGUCUUCCGUGCUUCAAGCCCGAGACUCUGAAGAAUUUCCGUGAGCGGUUUGUGUUGGACAAGAGCGAACGCGAUGCGGCCGAGUACAUGCGAGAACUUGUGCGCAAGUCAUACAUGAGUGUAUCGACUAAGGGUUAUGAUCAGUUCCAACUGAUGACGAACGGUAUUCCUUACUGA